GUCGUCUGGGAGCGCGACGCAGGUGCACGCAUGCGCACUGGUUAGCGGGCGCGCGUUGGCAGGUGUCUGGGUUGGGCGUCGGCGGGCGAUGGGGCUGCCGGCGCUGCUGCUGCUUGCGCUUUGCGCGGCGGGCGCUCGGGGGCUCUACUUCCACAUCGGCGAGACCGAAAAGCGUUGCUUCAUCGAGGAAAUCCCCGACGAGACCAUGGUCAUCGGGAACUACCGCACACAGAUGUGGGAUAAGCAGAAGGAGGUCUUCUUGCCCUCGACCCCCGGCCUGGGCAUGCACGUGGAGGUGAAGGACCCCGAAGGCAAGGUGGUGCUGUCCCGGCAGUAUGGCUCAGAGGGCCGCUUCACCUUCACUUCCCACACUCCGGGUGACCAUCAGAUCUGCCUGCACUCCAACUCUACCAGGAUGACACUCUUUGCUGGUGGCAGACUGCGUGUGCACCUAGACAUCCAGGUUGGAGAACAUGCCAACAACUACCCUGAGAUUGCUGCCAAGGAUAAACUGACCGAGUUGCAGCUCCGAGCCCGCCAGUUGCUUGAUCAGGUGGAACAGAUCCAGAAGGAGCAGGAUUACCAAAGGUAUCGUGAAGAGCGCUUCCGUCUGACCAGCGAGAGCACCAACCAGAGAGUCCUGUGGUGGUCCAUCGCGCAGACCGUCAUCCUCAUCCUCACGGGCAUCUGGCAGAUGCGUCACCUCAAGAGCUUCUUUGAGGCCAAGAAGCUGGUGUAGUGUCCUCUCCACACGACCCUCUCCUCUCACCUCAGUUAUUUGGUACUUUCCCCACCCACUACCUUCUCCACCUGAAUUUCGAGGGAAAAAAAAAAAAACGAAAAAAGAAUAUAAGCCACGUUGGUUCCGUGGCAACAAAGCAUUCAGAUCAGCCACUUGUUCACACUGGUUUUGGAGGACACAGGACAUUCGUCCAGGCUCUCACAGAUCUGUCUUCGGGUUCAUGCAGAGUCAGAACUGGCCUAGGACUAAGUCUUGCUUCUUUCGCCUCCAGUGAUUCCCCUCCAUCGUAUCACAAAAUGAGCCAAUGAAAAAUCCCUCCUCCUUCUUUAACCUCUCUCUCCGUCUGCUCCUGCCGUAGGCGACCCAGAUGCCUCACCGCGGAGGCCCCACCUCCCUGCUGCCCUGUCAGUCCUGGUUCACUCAGUGGCUUUGUGAAUGUAAAUAAGGGGUAGGGGCCCCAGAGGAUCGAAAUGUUUUUCUAUAUAUUAGAACUAUUUUUUGAUAAAAUUAUAUAUUUUCCUUGCUAGUUGAAGUGUUACUGCCUUUGUGUGACUAGCUGAAAACACCAGAGCAGCCCCUUCUGCACUGCGUCAUCCACCCAUUUUUGAUAAGUAGGGCGGCAGCGCUCAGCAUUUCGGCUCUCAGGGCCUCAUCAGAGGGCCAGGCAGGACCUCCCUGGGACGCCUGGGAGUUCCCCAUCGCUCAGGCCCUCGGCAGACUGAGGUAGUGACAGAGCUAGCACAAGGCAGGCCACGCUCACCCCCCUUCCCUUGCCCUUAUUUAAGCUGUUGUACAUGUUUUCUUCAUGGGAACCAGAUUUGGUUCUUUCUACAGAUUUUGCCAGUGAAAUAAAAACGUGUUGUAGUA